AUGGCCAGGGUGUUCACAACCUCAGUUGCAAGUGCAAUGCUGUUCCUAGCGGUCAAGGAUAAAUCGGGUUUGAAAACGGUGUCGAAUCAUAUAAUAUUGUCUUGGCUGAAAUGGGAAAUCCGGGUAAUGGUAAUCCUCAGCCUCACCAUUCAAUUUAUACUGAUAAGAUUUGGGAAUCGGCGGAGAUUCAGCGGCAGAUAUUCAAAGUCGGUCUGCCUUUUGGUUUGGACCCUAUACAUAUCUGCAGAUUGGUUGGCCACAUUAGCCUUGGGUAGAAAGGAUAAAAAAGCCAGUCCUCUGCUUCUAUUUUGGGCCUCAUUCUUGCUCUUGUAUUUGGGUGGCCCAGAUACUAUCACCGCUUACUCAUUGUCGGACAAUGAAGUCUGGCCUCUACAUUUCUUUGGGUUGUGUUUCCAAAUUGGAGUGGCUCUCUAUUCAUAUGCCAAUUUCUGGACAAUAGCAUCAAAAUCGCUCAUCUUUACGGCCAUUCCAAUAUUCACUGUUGGAAUUAUCAAGUAUGGGGAAAGGGCUUGGGCUCUCUUCAACGCUAGUAGCGUCCGGUUUAGGAAAUCUGUGUUUUCUGAUGACCAAGGUUCCCCAUUGGAAGUUGAGCAUUCACAGACGUCGCCAUCAGAAAGAGCCUUUCAUUUGUUUCAAGUGUUCAAGCCCAUGUUUGCAGAUCUCAAGCUCAGAAUUUACAAAAAUUUGAGUUACGUAUUUGAGCUGGACCAGACCAAAGUUAAUGCAGAAGCGGCCUUCACAAUUGUGGAGAUUGAGCUUGGAUUCCUUUAUGAUCUGCUGUAUACAAAGAUUCGUAUAGUUAUAACUCGACCCGGUGUAAUUCUUCGCUUCAUUUGCUUAUCCUUCACCACCUUCGCACUGCUUGCCUUCAUCUUCGUCGUUGGUAAGCAUGAACACUCCCGAGUUGACGUUGGCAUUAGCUACUUGUUAAUGGGUGCUGCCAUCUUUCUUGAAAUUUAUUCCGCCUUCCUGCAUCUUAGAUCGGAUUGGGGAAUCUACUGGUUAGCCCAACAAAACAAUGGGUUUCUUAGGGGUAUUGGUUCUAAGUUGGUUCGUUUCACUAAGUCCAAGGGGGGAAUUCAAUCCAUGGCACAGCGCAGCCUGCUAGAUUAUUGCCUACCGCCCAGGAAACUGAAUCUUGCAGCAGUUUUUAAGUUCCUCUACUCUGAGGAUAGUAUGGGGAAGUACAUAAGGACCGGUUGGAGAGAUGUAACUCCCGAAUUGCAACAGUUUAUCUACUCAGGUCUCCAAGAAAAACGGAAAAAAUACGCAGAGACCGAGUUCAAAAAUCUCUCAGAGUUAUUGCAUGAUAGAGGUUCAAGUGUGCUUAAAGGAAUGGAAGGGUCAUCUGAAGACAUUCUUUGGAGUGUAUGCGAGGUUGAAUUCACCCACAGUCUGCUCCUAUGGCAUGUUGCUACAGAAGUUGUUUUCCAUGACGACAAUCACCGGCAUCGAGCCGUGCAACUCGAGCCGUAUUGCCGGAUAAGUAAGGCCUUAUCUGAUUAUAUGAUGUACCUUUUUUCUCGAUAUCCCGCAAUGCUUCCCGAAGGGAUUGGUCACAUAAGGCUCCGUGAUACCUGCACUGAAGCGAUGAACUUCACCCUCGACGAAGUCCAAUUCAAUGAAGCUGUCAGAGGGUUGUUUGGGGUGGACAUUAGAUCUCGGUCAUUCUUAAUCCAGAUGGGAAGUUCAAGGAAGUCCGCAUUCUUUGAAGGGUGCGACAUCGCCAAGCAUUUGCAGAGUUUGGUAUCUGAUUUCCGAUGGGAUAACCAAGAUAAAUGGAAACUGAUAGCUGAUCUGUGGCUGGACAUGCUGACUUAUGCCGCGGCUCACUGUUCGUGGAAAAAGCAUGCGAGGCGACUCAAGUAUGGUGAUGAAUUCUUAACCCACGUUGCACUUCUCAUGGCACAUCUUGGUUUGAGUAAGAAAAUUCAAAUGGUGCCAUUGCCCAAAAUGCUUCAAGAAGUCGAUUUUGAGCCUAAUUUUCAUUGGGAUAAGCUUAACCGAUUGCUUUCUUACUUGGCUUAAAUUAUAUAUAGUUGUAAUGGUGG